CCAGCGAGAGAGAGAGAGAGAGAGAGAGAGAGGCGUCGAAAAAUAACUGUCCCACCAACCUCCGCCCCUGCAGUCAUGCCACACUCUGGACUUCACUGUCAAGCCUCUUAAAAGAGAGGAAAAUCUGACUUAACCAUCAUCCCGGCUGACGGUGUUUAAUGUGGAAGCGAUAAACGCCGACACUUCCGCGGUCCAGAGGAUCUGUUUGCUGGCGUGCCUGCGUGUGUAUGUAUGCAUGGGAGUGAACUGGAGAAAGCGAGGAGAAGAAGAAGAGGAGGUUUGAUUUGUCUCACGGCACUCAGUGGGAGGAGUCAUGACCGAGGGGGAGGGACAGUUUUACAGCGUGCAGGUGGGUGACUCCACCUUCACGGUGCUCAGGAGGUACCAGCAGCUCCGCGCCAUCGGAUCCGGUGCCCAGGGUAUCGUCUGCUCUGCUCUGGACACCGUACUUGGCAUCCCUGUUGCUGUGAAGAAACUGAGCCGGCCCUUUCAGAACCAGACCCAUGCGAAGAGGGCCUACAGGGAGCUGGUUCUGCUCAAGUGUGUUAAUCACAAGAAUAUCAUCCGUUUGCUUAACGUCUUCACACCACAGAAGUCAUUAGAAGAGUUCCAGGAUUUGUACUUGGUGAUGGAGCUGAUGGACGCUAGCCUUUGUCAGGUAAUCCACAUGGACCUGGAUCAUGAGAGGAUGUCUUACCUGCUCUACCAGAUCCUGUGUGGCAUCAGACAUCUACACUCAGCUGGCAUCAUUCACAGGGAUCUGAAGCCCAGUAACAUAGUAGUGAAGUCCGACUGCACUUUAAAGAUUUUAGACUUUGGGCUGGCCAGAACCGCCUGCACUAACUUCAUGAUGACACCCUACGUAGUGACCAGAUAUUAUAGAGCGCCGGAGGUCAUCCUGGGCAUGAAAUACAAGGAGAAUGUGGAUAUCUGGUCAGUCGGCUGCAUCAUGGGUGAGAUGGUCAAAGGGAGCGUCAUAUUCCAGGGCACUGAUCAUAUUGACCAGUGGAAUAAGGUGAUUGAGAUACUAGGAACUCCGUCGCUGGAGUUUAUGAACCGUUUGAUGGAGACUGUAAGGAACUACGUGAUGAACAAACCUCAGUUUCCUGGAGUCAGUUUUAAUGAGCUUUUUCCCGAUUGGGCCUUCCCGUCAGAGACCGAGCACGACAAGAUCAAAACUAGUCAAGCACGAGACCUGCUGUCCAAGAUGCUGGUAAUCGACCCAGAAAGCCGCAUCUCUGUGCAGGAGGCCCUCAGUCACCCUUACAUCCACGUGUGGUACGACCCAGCCGAGGCAGAUGCGCCUCCUCCGCAGAUAUCAGACAAGCAGUUGGAGGAGCGGGAACACAGCAUCGAGCAGUGGAAAGAGUUGAUUUAUAAAGAAGUAAUGGACUGGGAGGAGAGAAACAAGAAUGGAGUCCUGAAAGAGGACUGUUUAGAUGGUACAGUGAACAGCAGCGCCACUGCCUCCCAGUCGUCCUCUAUUAACGACAUCUCGUCCAUGUCGACGGAGCAGACACUGGCCUCAGACACUGACAGCUCCUGCAUCGACACUCUCACGGGGCCGUUAGAAGAGUGAAUCAAGUGACUUCCACCUCCCCUCUUCUCGCUCGUCACAUCCCUCUCCCUCGCCAGUGUGCCGUGCCGUGGUCUUGACUGAAGAGAAACUGUGGCUGCACGUUCAUACAGCUGCAAGUUUACACUCAUAAUCAUUCAUUCUUGCUUUUUUCCCCUCUGUCCCAUCUCACAUAUACAAACAUUCAUGGAAUAUUCACUUUUAGACAUGUCUGUUUUGGCUAAAGCUCACCCACAUCAACUUAAUUCUGUCGCUAUUGAUCAAAAAAUCUUUAUCCAUUUUUUUUUAAUUUUUUUUUAUGUUAACUGCAUCUUUGCAGUUUUACUUUUAGAUUUUAAAAAUAACUCUUUAUAAAUGGGCAGAUAGGUAAUAGGUUUAUGCAUUAAUGCAUUCAUAUUUCACUUCAUAUAAACUAAUAUUAAUUACCAUCUUAUCCAUCUAGUGGAGUUAUUGUUAUUGCAGAAGCAUGUGUGAUAUCUGGAUUUAUCCCUGUCAUUUAUGUCCUCUCUCUCUGUGCGAUGUAGCUUUUAUUACUGUUCAUUUCAUCACCUAAAAGAAGCACAGAUAUAAAUUCUGACAAAUUUAUAGCUAGUCAGCCCAACUGGAACAAGUUCCACUUACAAGUAUUGCUGCAUGAUAACAAAGAACACUUACUAGACAGACAAUUUAACUUCAGAUCACUGAAAUAUGCCUAAACGCAUCUAGAAACAGAACAAUAGUGCCUGCCUCUGUACAUAGUCACCAUACACCCAUUUUAAAAGACAACCUAAUGAUGCAUUUCAGUUGGAUAGGGUGUAGUCGUGUAUAUAUACGUACAUAGAUUUUGUGUAAAUGUUCUGAUUUUAAUUUGUGUUGUGGAAACAUUUUUACAGCUUCUGAAUAUGAUUUAGCAUAUGUACUGUAAAACAAACUAUGUAGAUGGAACUUGAAAUUGAUUUUAAAAGAAAAUUGCACAUAGAGGUUUCAAAGAGCAUAUUCUGUUUAAAAUGAAAAAUAAAAAAUUGCAUCUAGAUCUGAGAUGGCAAACUGGAUGCAAUAUCCCAAUCAAAGCCCCUGUUCCUCAUCAUUCCAAGAGUAAUUAAUCACUGCUGGCAAGUUCAUGACAUAUCUCGUAAGAUUGUACAUUUUAAUUGCAUGAGCUAAUGCAAACCAUUGCCUUUUUUAAUCUCCUCAAAACUUGAAAAGCCCACAAGAAUGUUGUACUAAGCAAAUUUAUGAUUCCUUUUUUAAAAAAAAAAAAACAGGCUUGUCAGCAGGUUUUUAUUUCUUCACUUUCCUCUUCUUGAAGAUGAAUUUUCAUGUUUAUACGGAUUAACAAGGCCAUAUCAUUUCAUUUCCUUUAUACAUGUCCAUUCAGCCUUAGUUUACUGUGUGCAGACUUGCAAUUCAGUUACAUACUGUGGCUAACCAUGCGCUUAGAGACCUGUUUUGGACUGUGGUGUUCUUAGUUCACCCAAAAAUGAAAACUAUCCCAUAAGUUUACUCACCCUCAAGCCAUCCUAGGCGUAUAUGACGUUCUUUUUUCAGUCAAACACGAUCAGAGUUCUAUUGAAAAAUAUUCUGGCUCUUCCAAGCUUUAAAAUGGGAGUGAAAAGUAACCAAUAUUUUGAAGCCCAUAAAAGCACAUCCAUCCAUCAUAAAAGUAAUCCAUACGGCUCCAGGGGAUUAAUAAAGGCCUUCUGAAGCGAAACAAUGCAUUUUUGUAAGAGUAAUAUCCAUAUUUAUAACUUUAUAAACUAGAAUUAUGGGAUAAUUUUCAUUUUUGGGUGAACUAACCCUUUAACACUGGUAUUCAUGAUAGAGACCCAGCCAUUCAUCAGUUUUGUCAGCCUUCCUGCUUCCUCCUCCUUCCAGUGUUCAGUUCAGAUGUUGUAGAUAACUGUAUGGUGAUGUGUCCUGUACCCUAAAUUCAUUGUUAUGCAUGAAAACACAAGCCCUCUUCAUCCAAAACUUGAGGACAUUGCAGAAACCUGUCCUUUUGUUGUAGAAGACUCAGGAGGACAAUCUGAGUGUAUUGUUGAGUUUUUGGUCCUCCAAGCUCUUCCGAUGGACUGAAACAUGAAUAUCGGCAGAUAGGUCUUUCACUGAUGGACAGGCCUGGAGGAUGAACUUAGCAUCACCAUAACAUUCAUGCCUUAAGCAUCUCACUAACACCACCACUGCAGCUUGGCCUGGAGAUCACGAAAUGAUUGAAUGUAAUGUACCUCAAGUUUUGUUUCUUUUUCGGCAGGCUGGAAUGUUUGCUACUAUGUCACAACCUCCUUGAGCUUGUGAGAUUUCAUUUGGUGCUUCACCUUACUGUCAGCAAAGUGAUAAUGUAUUACAACAACGCAAAAGUGCAUUGUGUUCCAUUUUCAUUUCGGAGCCUCAUGCACAUUAGUUUCGCUGUUGUGGACUCAUUGAUUCCUGUAAUGAUCACUAGUGAUGGACCUCCGUGGCAUUGAGACCUUCAAGACGAUGAACAAAGCUGGCUCACACUUUCUCAAGGGCUCUUCUUUUAGGUGUUUGUUUCCCUUGUGGGAGAGGGUGUGUGUCUGUGAACAAUGGUGUGUUUUUGUCACUGACAAUCUAUCACUAGAGGUGGAAUCUGUAAUGACUUGAAGAAUUAUUCACUUCUUAGAUAUUUACUUCUCAGAAUAUCUUCUUAAGAAAACAGUUCUCAUGAUUGUCAUCAUCAAUCAAAAUCUUCUCAAUCAAAUCCUGUAUAAGGAAUAAAUAUCUAACUGCUCUGUGCUAGUAAUGUCUGUUUAGUUUUCAUGUGUUUUGUAUUGUUGUGCUACACAUGGGUGCCCUGUCAGUGGGCUAUGAUGGGAGUUACCCAAAUCACAAACCUGUCUGAAGCAUAUGCAAAACCUAAAUGGGAUCCUCUAUAUACAAUAAUAGAGUGAGACUUCUUUUCUCUGUGAAAAGAAAAAAAGAACCAUCUGUUACGACUGGCCAAAUAAAAAGCUCAAACUAAA